AUGAAAGCAAGCAUCAUCAUCUCGGCACUAGCUGCAGCGGCCAGCGGCCUCAAGGAGCAGCGCCAUGCUGCUGACUGGGAUCUGUCUCAGCCUAUGAAUGGCGUCACGUUUGAAAGAGUCAAGGCUGUCUCCAUGGCCAAGCCUGACCGCCCGACCCCGCGCUUCUCUCGUCUCAAACACGUCGGGGGCAAGAGAGGAAAACACGGAACGGUUUCUGCCCUCGGACGUGCUCUUCGCGCUACCCCUGGCACAGUCAAGCAAAGCUUCCAGAACAUAUCGUCGGUCGGUGCGUACGCUACCCAGUAUGCUAUUCAGUGUGGCUGGGACGGAAAGCUAGUCUGGCUGCUCUUUGAUACCGGCAGCUCGGACACCUGGGCUGCCAAGUCGGAUUUUGAGUGCAUCGAUAGCGUUGGCAAUACUCAUGAUCAAGCCGCUUGUGGCUUUGGCACAGCAUUGAUUGACGAUUUCGGCCAAGGCGCCGUUGACGAAUUGCACUUUUUCCUCAAGUACGGCUCUGGCGAGAAGAUCUCUGGCCCCAUGGGCUACUCCGACCUCAGCUGCGGUGGAGUGUCCGUCUCGAAGCAGCAAGUUGGCCUCGCAAACAGCACGUACUGGCGCGGCAACAAUGCCACUGUCGGAAUCUUGGGACUUGCCUACCCAUCCAUCACCAGCGCCUACUAUGGGGCCAUCGGAGAUGAGGCCUCUUGGAACUCGAUAACUUAUACACCUUUCCUUACCAAUGCAAUCAUCCAGGGCGGCCUGGAUCCCGUUUUUAGCGUGGCCCUUUCCAAGAACUCUUCUGACGGCGUGCUGGCUUGGGGCGGUCUUCCUCCUAUCGAUUGGGUGCGAGGUGAUAAUGCCUCGACGGAUCUUAUUGUGGCAAAUCUUAUCGAGCAAGCGGAAACUGCAUGGAAGUAUUCGUUUUACACUAUCAUCCCAGAUGGCGUUCGCUGGGGCCAGACCACAGACACGACCCGAUAUCCUUUUAUUGUUGACACCGGUACAACAAUGAUGUACCUCCCCCCUCCUCUGGCCGAAGCCAUCGCCAUGUCGUUCCAGCCCCGCGCCGUUUACCUCUACCAAUGGGGCAUGUACUUUGCACCGUGCAACUCGAUCCCGCCUAGUUUCGCAAUAACUAUUUCAGGCGUCGACUUUUGGGUCAACCCGGCAGACAUGAUCUACCGGGACCUGGUUGAUCCACUGACAGGGUACUGCGCCAUUGCCGUGGCAAGCGGCGGUCAGGGACCAUACAUUUUGGGCGAUGCCUUCUUGCAAAACGUAGUGGCCGUUUUCGACGUGGGAGCAGCUGAGAUGCGCUUCUACUCGCGAUAA